AUGCGACCGGGCACGGCUUUCGCGCGUUCGCUCGUGCGCGACUGGAGCGGGCAGAGCUGCCAGAAGCCCGCUGCUCGGCUGCUGUCCACCACUGUAUCCCACCAGAGCAGACUCCGCGCACGCCUCGAGAUACCUCCGCCAUUUCCGGUUACCAAAACAUGCCCGGAGCCAACAUGCGACUGCCCUCCGACCCCCUCGAUGCCAGAGGGCCUCCCGAUCGACCAUGAUCAACCGCUAAACGGAACGAUGGUGGCCUACGCGCAGCAGCUCCUCAUCUGCACCGGACAACGAGACUGGACCAGUCGGAUUGAGGAUGACGGAGAGACGGAGGGCUGGGGUAAUAUGGUCCGGGGCUUGAAGACGCUCCUUGGGCGGGGAGGCCCGUACCUGGAUCCUUUUAACAAUAUUCUCGUGACCAAUUCUUCGAUCGCCCCUGCCUCGAAGGAUCCCACCGUUGCCUCCGCAUUGCUUUUUCCCAGCUUCAAAUUUAUCCCUUCGAUCCCCGCAGAAAUCGGUCCAAAUGACACCGACCUAACGACCUUCAUCCGCGCAUUCCUCUUACCGGAGAAAUUACAUAGUAUGCAUGGCGGCUUGCCAGAGGACGAGCAGGCCCGUAUGACCCGGGUUCCAGACCUGGCAUCAAAAUUCACGGGUGUUUUGGACAUAGCACAGUCGCCUACGGUCUUAAUAUGUGGGCAUGGAGGUCGUGAUAUGCGUUGCGGAGUCAUGGCCCCGGUGCUCGAGCAAGAGUUUCAACGAGUCCUCCUGUCGCAGGGAUACACAGCAACUGGCAGCGACGGUGCUAUCAUGGACGCGCCCAAUCAUGCCAACCUUGGUCUUAUUAGUCAUAUCGGUGGGCACAAGUACGCCGGCAAUAAACAGCCGCUAGUCCCAAUCGGGAAUAAAGCUCUCCACGAAUUUCGGAGACGAAAAAGAAUCCAACGGGACAACAUCCCACGCCGCAACACGGUCGCAUUGCUCCCCUCACAGCAUAAUGAUGCCGCGGUAGCAAUGCAGUCCCUUCUUCGCAUUCGAUUGACAUCCCUUCCGCCUGCGCGGGUGCGCGGAGGCGCGCGUCUGCUCCCGCGCGGUCUCUCCUCGAAACACGUUACUCGCUUCGCUGCGACCACUUCGAACACCGCAAGGCUCGAUCUCCCCUCUCUCGAUCGGAAAUGGCAGGCCAAGUGGCAUGCGGAGCCAGCAAGCUCGCAGGGCACCGCCGGACAGACCGAAGGCAGACCGAAAUCUUAUAUUCUACCAAUGUUCCCGUAUCCGUCCGGCACAUUACAUAUGGGUCACCUCCGAGUUUAUACCAUUUCAGAUGUGUUGUCACGGUUCUAUAAGAUGCGCGGACAUGAAGUCCUGCACCCGAUGGGCUGGGACGCUUUUGGGCUGCCGGCGGAGAAUGCGGCGAUCGAGCGAGGCGUGGACCCGGCGCUGUGGACAGAGCAAAAUAUCGCAAAAAUGAAGGAGCAAUUACAGCGGAUAUCGGUUGCCUUUGACUGGGACAGGGAACUCGCGACCUGUGCCCCCGAAUUCUACGAACAUACACAACGAAUCUUCUUGAUGUUGCAUGAGAAGGGGUUAGCGUACCAGGCCGAAGCCCUGGUCAACUAUGACCCGGUGGACAAGACCGUGUUGGCGAAUGAGCAGGUGGAUGCUAAUGGCUUCUCGUGGAGGUCUGGCGCAAAGGUUGAGAAAUUGAAUCUGAAACAAUGGUUCUUCCGGAUAACUGCAUUCAAAGAAGCCCUGCUGAAAGAUCUCGACACCCUAUCCGGUGGUUGGCCAGAGCGUGUGUUGUCGAUGCAGCGUAACUGGCUGGGAAAGUCGCAGGGGGCCAAGGUGAAAUUCCCCGUAACAAUCCGGGGCACUGCUGUGCACGUGGACGUGUUCACAACAAGGCCAGACACUCUGUAUGGCGUGGAGUAUGUGGCUCUGUCCUCGAACCACCCAAUUGUCCUACAAGCGGCCGAGAAUGACCCUUCACUCACCAAGUUCCUGGCGGAGGCGUCUUCGCUGCCGCCAGAUUCCAAGGCCGGGUAUCUCCUCAAUGACGUGCAUGCUUCGCACCCUCUGGUGAAGAUUGAUAAUUCAACUGAGCACCUGAAGCGCAAGCUGCCUGUUUUUGUGGCUCCUUACGUUUUAAGUGACUACGGCGAGGGUGCUGUCAUGGGCGUGCCUGGCCAUGAUGCCAGAGACAUGGCGUUCUUCAGGGAGAAUGUCAAUUACGAAUCGAUUCCGUUCGUUAUCGAGCCCGCUUCCACCAAGGAUGUUGCUGAAGAAGGAGACAGGGUCACUUCUGCGACAGCUUUUACUCAAGAGGGCAUUCUGACCUCUCGAUGUGGAAAGUAUCAAGGCCUUCACUCAAAAGAAGCAGCACAGCAGAUUGUUGGCGACUUACAAAAGGAAGGACAAGCAAGCUUUGUCGAAAGCUGGCGCCUGCGAGAUUGGCUCAUCAGUCGGCAGCGUUAUUGGGGCACACCUAUCCCGAUUAUCCACUGCAGCGAGUGUGGGCCCGUUCCUGUGCCGAAGGAAGAUCUGCCUGUUAUGCUACCAAAGAUUGAAGGGGAGUGGUUGAAGGGCAAGAAGGGAAACCCGCUCGAGUCCUCCCAUGAAUGGCUGAACACAGAGUGCCCCAGCUGCGGGGGUCCAGCGAAACGCGAUACGGAUACCAUGGACACGUUUGUUGACUCGUCGUGGUAUUACCUGCGUUUCCUCGAUGCCGCCAACAAGGAUUCUCCCUUUUCGUCCUCUGUUGCCCGACCUGUCGAUAUCUACCUGGGUGGAGUUGAGCAUGCAAUUCUGCAUCUUUUGUAUGCUCGGUUCAUCUACAAAUUCCUUGCUCAGUCCGAGUUAUUCCCAUCCGUCGCGUCAGAGCGCUUGCCUCAUGAGCCUUUCAAGACUCUUCUUUCCCAGGGCAUGGUCCACGGCAAAACUCUCAGCGAUCCGUCUACGGGCCGGUUCCUCCAUCCAGACGAGCUGGAUCUCUCCAAUCCAGACAAACCUUUGAUCAAGGGCACCCAGGUCACCCCUAGUGUAUCAUUUGAGAAAAUGUCAAAGAGUAAGCACAACGGCGUUGAUCCAACUGCGUGUGCAACCAAUUAUGGCGCUGAUGCCACUCGCGCACAUGUUCUUUUCUCAGCUCCUGUGAGCGAGGUUCUGGAAUGGGACGAGAGCAAGAUUGUCGGCAUUGAGCGCUGGUUUGGCAGACUUUGGAAGUUAAUCCACGAUACCCAGCAGACCCUAUCCUCGUCAUCUUUCACCGUUGAAGCGGACAGUCUGAUGAUGCUUGGUGGCCACGCCGUGUCUCUUCCAUCUCUGGAUGAGCUGAGCGAUUCUGACGCCGACGCGGUUCUUGCAACCCACAAGACGAUCUCGUCAGUCACCGCCUGUAUCGAGAGCAACCCAUACGGUCUGAAUACCGUCAUCUCUGAUCUGAUCAAGCUCACCAAUGCCUUAUCCUCAGCGCCCCCAAGCUCCCCUAUUCCCUUGUAUUUGUCCGUAUCCUCUCUCCUCCGCCUCUUAGCACCUAUUGCCCCGGCCCUUGCCUCUGAAUCGUGGGAAGUGCUGCACACCCAGAUUAUCAGCUCCCCAGGGCGCGGCAGCCCGCCAUCGAAUGGGACGGACGAACAGUCUUGGAUCAUCGAUCGAGUCUUGGAAACACCAGAAGGGAACCAGUGGUUGCGUGUCAAGCACGACUGGGAAAAGCGCCGGCGCGUCAUCGUGGUCAAGGGAGGCAAACUGGUGAAUGUGGUUUUUUAG